CUGCGUCAACAUGGCUCCAGAUUGAGAAGAAUAGGAUUCUCUAUUGCUAAUGACUGUAAAGAAUGGGCCACUGAAUAAAAUCCGUCCACCAGUCAAAAUAGCUCUCAAAUCAAUCCUCGAGGAGCUGGUAAACAAGAAACAAGAAAGAUAGCCACUGCAGUCGUGAGAAUCCGAUCAAGCAAAGCAGGAAUUGACGGCUAAAAUCACAGAGCAGGUCCGAUUCAUUCCUUCACCCGAUCAGAGCUUCAGAGCUAAAACAUCAAUCAGCAUGUCAGAAAACCCAGUAACUAGGCAGCAGAAAGUCACUUUACAGAACAAACAUGGUGAAAAGCUUGUGGGCGUCUUCCAUGAUGCUGGAUCUGCAGAUGUUGUAGUCUUAUGUCAUGGAUUUCGAUCCUCAAAGAUGAACGAGACUAUGAUGAAUUUUUCUGCUGCUCUAGAGAAAGAAGGAAUUAGCGCAUUUCGAUUUGACUUUGCUGGAAAUGGAGAAAGUGAAGGCUUAUUUCAGUAUGGCAACUACUGGAGAGAGGUUGAGGACUUGCGAUCUGUGGUUGAGUACUUCAUUGCAGCCAACCGUAGGAUUACUGCAAUUCUUGGGCACAGUAAAGGUGGCAAUAUUGUGCUGCUAUAUGCAUCUAAAUAUCAUGAUAUUUGCAAUGUGAUCAAUGUGUCUGGCCGUUACAAACUGGAUAGGGGCAUUGAGGAGCGACUGGGAAAAGACUUUUUGGAAAGAAUCAAGAAAGAUGGCCAUAUUGAUGUCAAAAGUGGAGCUGGUGAUGUUCAAUACCGUGUCACGGUGGAAAGCAUGAUGGAUCGACUGAACACAAACAUGCAUGAGGCGUGCCUUGUAAUUGACAAAGAAUGCAGGGUAUUAACGGUGCAUGGGUCUGCCGAUGAAAUUAUACCUGUGGAAGAUGCCUUGGAUUUUGCAAAGAUCAUACCAAAUCACAAGUUGCACAUUAUUGAAGGUGCUGACCACAGUUAUACUUCACAUCAAGCUGAAUUAACUUCUGUUGUUCUGCCUUUCAUUAAAGAAGGCCCUGCAGGAGGCCAGUAAGCAGCCUUAGCUGAGUUAGUCGGCCUUUCAAAUUUACACCAACGGUUCCAAGAAGCUGAAUAGUCGGUAUUUUAGACUUAUUUGGCCUAAUCAGCCAUGAAAAUUGCUUGUGUAUUAGCUUUACGUUACAAAGCUUACAGUUUUCAAGCAUUCUUGACCUCUUGUGGAGCAAUUCUUCAAUAGUGCUCGAGAAAGAGUAUGAAGCUGUGAAGGCUGCUCGAGAAAGUGUUCUGCCUUUAUAUUUUUUUGCCUUUUGGCUUGGGAAAGAAACAGCUUUUGAUGUCUUAAA